UUGUAGUUCUAGGGUAGUAAAGAACCUUGAGUCCUGAAUCAGCUAUACAAACAUUCAUUAUUGUGUGUAACCAUGUAGUGCAUUUGGUUUAAUGUAUCUACACGAACAUAAACUUCAAGUGCAAAGUUUCUCAACAAAUAAAUGGAACUCUAAUUACAAAUAAUAUUUUUUUAACCGCAAAACUAUUUUGCAAUCAUAAACAGGGUAUAAAUAUGGAUACAGGACGUAAAAAAUGGCAUUCGUGUAAGUUACAUUUUUCUCUAGAAAACAUGGAAAAACUAGGAAGAAAACUAAAACUGAGUGAUUUUACAAAAAUUUCAUUUGACCUUUUCCAAUUUGUCGGCAUCCGAGUUUAUAAAUACAAUCCCGAAGAAAAAAAACCGUUAAAAGAAAAAAUUGCUUUCUGCAUGAUUAUGAUAAAUAUGAUGUUUCAUUUCUAUGCCAAAAACUGCUAUCCAAUUUACCAUUCAUUCGAUGACCCAAUCGAAUUGACAGCCUUUGCUUGCUAUGCAGGAUUUGUUGUAAACUCGCUUUGCAAAAUUAUAGCCGUUUGGAGUGGUCGAUUUAUUUUGAAGGAAGUGCUUUGUAAAAUGGAAGAGAUUUUUCCUAAAACUGAUGAAUCCAUAAUUGAAUAUCGCUUGAAUGAAUAUUAUACAAAAAUUGAAUUUUAUAUGAGAUCACUUUAUAUUUAUCAUAUUUCAACAACAACAAUGUUCAACUUUUUUCCAUUGGGCCAAUCAAUAGUUGAGAAAAUUAUAACUGGUGGUGAUUUCGUUUAUAGAUUUCCAUUCAUUAUCCAUUAUCCAUUUAAUGAAAAAAAGUUCCCGAUUUUUUAUUUCGCAUAUUUCUAUCAAAUAAUGGCUGCAUACAUUUUGUCGUGUUUUUUUCUGGGAGCCGAUCUAUUAUUGGUUGCAAUUGUUCACUUGGCUUGUAUGCAUUUUGAUUAUUUAGCAAGAAAAAUUACAAAUUUCGUACCCACUGGCACGGAUGAAGAUCUUAUAGAAUUGGGCAAGUUCAUCCGAUAUCAUGAUGAUAUUUUAAGCCUGAGUUUCAAAAUUAACGAAGUAUUUAAAGUAUCCAUUUUGAUGAACUACAUUGCUUCAUGUGGAGUAAUUUGUAUGAUUGGAUUCCAAAUCACUGCUGGUUCAGAAAUACUGGAUAUGCUAAAGUUUUUUGCAUUCUUAAUAUCUUCGCUGGUUCAUGUCUAUUUUAUUUGUUAUUUCGGCUCAAAUCUGUUACAAGUGAGUGGUGAUAUUGCUGAUGCAGUUUUUUCUCAUCAGUGGUAUAAAGGAAAUAACAAAUAUAUGAAAAAUUUACCAUUGCUGUUAGCUCGUUCACAUAAGCCAGCUUUUUUGACAGCUUUUAAGUUUUUCAUGGUUUCAAUGGAAAGUUUUAAAAGUCUGGGAACAACUUCAUAUCAAUUCUUCACGCUUAUCAAAACUAAAUACGAUGAGGAGGAAUAGUCAAUGACUUUAUGAAUGAGUCAUAUAAAAUAUUCUUGCACUUAAUCUAAAAUCAUUUGCACCAGCUUUUUGAAACAUUAUUCCAAGUCUUUAAUAAAAAUGCGAAAUAUGUAUCUUCAAUAGUUUAGGAUCUGC